UCUUGAUGUUCAGCCUCUGUUUAUCCCUGUCACCCCCGGCACUUUAACAUCACCCGACAAAGAUCCGCAAUAAAUGCUGUCAAAAAUCGCGCUUUGACACGAACCAACUAGUUCUUGCGCAACCUCAUCGCCGGUCAUACACCAUGAGCGACAAAGCCUCGUCCCCGAAGAAGUCACCAAAGUCUCCUUCAUCAGGAGCCAGUGAAGUCGUGUUGCACGAUGCUGGGCACUGGGCUGCUUUGGCGCAGGAUGAGCAGGAUGACGAUGCCGACUCUUCGCUGGGUGUUGAUACAGAGUCGUCGACUGCUUCGAUGACAUCGAGUAUUCUGAAUUACAGAACCAUCAAAGGAAGGACUUAUCAUUCUGAGAGAGGAAAUGCAGAGUAUUGGGCUUCAAAUGAUGCACAGCAGAACGAGGCAAUGGAUAUAAUCCACCAUUUUCUGGUUCUCACACUAGAUGGGAAGCUUCAUUUGGCACCGUUGAAGGAUGAUAUCAAGACUGUGCUUGAUGUCGGCACCGGAACAGGAAUUUGGGCGAUCGACUUUGCCGAUGAGCAUCCUCAAACCGAAGUAAUCGGCACGGACAUAUCCCCCAUCCAGCCCAGCUGGGUCCCCCCAAACGUCAAGUUUGAGAUUGAAGACUGCACUCAACCAUGGACCUUCUCCCCCGACUCAUUCGACUUUGUCUACAUGCGAUACCUCUACGGUUCCAUCAGCGACUGGUCCGCUAUAUUCCAAGAGGCCUUUAGAUCAUGUAAGCCAGGUGGUUGGGUAGAGAGUUUCGAAGCGUCAGCUAUGCUUGAAAGUGAUGAUGAUACUGUCAAGGAGGGUAGUGCGAUGAGCGAGUGGGGCAAGUUCUUUAUCGAAGGUGGAAAGAGACUUAAUCGAACGUUUACCAUCCUUGAUGAUGACCUGCAGAAGAAGGGAAUGGAAGAUGCAGGGUUUACGGAUAUUCAGACUCGGGAUUUCAAGCUUCCCAUCGGUAGCUGGCCCAAAGAUCCUAAGAUGAAAGAAAUCGGAAGCUUUGCAUUUGCUGCAAUGGAUCAGGAUCUGGAGGGCUUUGUCUUGUACAUGGCGAGUGUCGUGUUGGGAUGGUCGCAGGAUGAAGUCACGGUUUAUUGCUCGCAGCUUCGAAGGGAGUUGAAAUCGGGCAAGUAUCAUCCUUACUGUAGGCUGAAGCUUGUGUAUGGCAGGAAGCCGGAGUAAGCUGCACUUCAGUAUUUGUACGGCAUUGGGUUGGGAGCGUUUGUUGUUAGUUUUGAGAAGUGGGCUUUUGGACGCCUGAACUCUGAACGCGGUGACGAGAUAAGGCGAGGAUUGAUUGCAACUCGUGGUCUAAGUCAUGUAAUUGUUUAUCGCACCAGUGGUCAAUAUCAUCUCACCUUCACACCUUCGUCUCAGUCGCCGACUUAUCAUGGUCAAUUGAUGGACUUCAACGUGAUCUCAUCCGAUCAAACCAAGUUACAAUGAGAACAAACCAAUCGGCAUGGGGA